AUGUCUAAACCUAUCAAAUUAAAUGACAUUAUUUAUUUUCCUGAUGAGUUUAGGAGCAAUGAACUUAGCGAAACGGAGCAAGACGAAAAAAUAUUGAGAGAUGAUGAAAAACCGGCUUUAAGUCAUACCGACACCAAUUUAAAUCACUCUGAAAAAACAACAACAGCAACAACAACAUUUAAUGAAACUCGGUGUGUUUGUGUGCAGCCGACAAAUCUUCAGAUUUUUGACCGGUCACCUGUUCAAGAAAAUGAAAGCUCUAAGACGCCCAAAAUAGGUAGGUCUAAUGCGUUUCCCCAGUAUUCAUCUCCAUUAGAUUCUUCGGAAGCAGUGCUUACAGCUGAUGAAUCACUAAGAAAUGAAGGUUCAGAUUCAAAUUUGCUAAAUAAUCGAAUGCUACAAUUGAGCAAUGAGGAUGAAAGAAAUGUUGAGGGAGAAAAUAUCAACAUAGACUGGGGUGACCGGGUUUUUAUGAGAGACGAUAUUACGGAGGGUUGGUCAAUGAGUCAAAAUUUUUCAGAACUUGGUAGUAUUGAAGAGCAAGUAGAGAAUACGGGCAGCCAGGAAGAAGAAGAAAGUAGUGAAGAUGGCGAGUCUAUUGAAUUUGAGGAGACGUUAGACCAUGAAGAUGUGAAUCAUGAAGAGAAUGAGAAUGAAUUAAUGAGAACAAGAGUUAUUGAAAGAGAAACACACCCAUGGGAUAAUGAUGGGAUGAUUUUUGAUGUGACUGAAACGGAUGCAGAGCAAGAUAACCUUCAAAUAAAUUUAGAACAAAUUGAUCAGUUGAAUAGGCAGACAAUUCGUCAAUGGUUUGUAUUAGAGGGUCAGGAAAAUGUGUUAAGGAUGCCCGAAUCAGAGUCAUCCAUGUCUGUUAGAUCUAUGAACUUGUCUUCACAGUAUCAGGAGGAGAGUGAUGAUGAGAAUGAAGCUUGGAGAAACAAUGGAAAUAAUAAUUGGGGGUAUGCAGAUGAUGAGGAAGAAGAAGAAGUUAAUCACGCCAAUUAUGAAGGAGAUAUUGAUGAUUAUCAAUAUGGUGGGGAUGCAGAAGAUGAAGUUGAAGAUUACAAUGAAGACAAUGAAUUGUUUUAA